CUUGAGCUGCAAAGAAGGAAAACGUCUACUGUUCUGGGUUAACCGCCGUAAUACUUCAUUAUUUUAUUGAUAUUUUUACAACGUAUUUGCUAUAUUUUUUUGGUCGUCGCUAAAUAAAACUAUUAGAACCGGACCGGCCACAGCAGUCAUAGUGUACUACAGGUUUUUGCAUUGGAAUGAGUGACUUGGAAGUGCAGGCUGGUGAGAAUGUGGUGCUAAUCUGGGGAGCACCGUCUUCACCUGAGGCACUGCAGCGUCUGCAACAACUUUUAGAGGAUGCAGUCGGCGCAGAUGGGCAAAUUGUUGUUGAAAAUUUGGAGGGGCUUUCACUUACAUCACAUAGUUCUUCUAGUUAUGACCAUGUGUUUUCUGGAGUGGUGGAAGAUGGUGCAGUUAUUCACAGCUCAGAGGUCCUUACAGAAUAUGCACGUGUUCUUAAACCGGGAGGAAAGUUAACACUAGCAGAGCCAGUAUCCAUAACAGGUGAAAUCAGUAAACUGAAAACUGCUGACAAGAUCUCAUCACUUCUAAAACUGUCUGGUUUCAUGAAUAUAGAAGAGGUAAAAAAUGAGCCAUUAAGCUCACAAGAAGCUAAAUUUAUUAAAGAUUCUACUGCUUACCAAGGAGAUGACUUGAUUUGUGUUCACAUAAGAGCAGAGAAGCCAAACUUUGAAGUAGGAUCCUCUGUGCAGCUCAAGCUAUCUUCUGGCAAGAAGGCUACACAAAAAGAAAAACCAGCCCUAGAUCCAAACACUGCAAAACUAUGGACUCUUUCAGCAAAUGACAUAGAUGAUGAUGAUGUGGAUAUUAUGGAUUCUGAUGCUCUAUUGGAUGAAGAUGAUUUAAAGAAACCAGACCCAGCAUCACUUAGGGUUGCUGGUUGUGGAACUGGUCAGAAGAAGAAAGCCUGUAAAAAUUGCACAUGUGGCUUAGCUGAAGAACUGGAGCAAGAGAGCAAGAAUUCAAAAAAACAAGAUCUUCCCAAAUCAGCAUGUGGAAAUUGCUAUCUUGGUGAUGCUUUCCGUUGUGCCAGUUGCCCCUACCUAGGAAUGCCUGCAUUCAAACCUGGAGAGAAGGUGCUACUGGAGGAGACUAAUCUUCAAGAUAUUUAAAGAAAAUUACCAAAAACAUUUUUGGAAGCAGUGAUGAAAUCUUUGCGGUUCAGAGUCAGUGAGGCUAAGAGAGGGACCCAAAUUAUUAGUUAUCAGUUUCUCAAAAUUGCCUUCUUUCACUGCAGUUUAGCUUUGUAUUUUUUAGUAAAUGCAUUAAGAUUAUAAGUGAUGUUUGUACCUUAAUGACCUAGUAGAUGGUCAUAAGCCAUGUAAGAUGAGAAAUAACUGAGGUCUCUCAAUUUAACAAAUGGAAAUGAUGCACAUUUCAUUAAGAUUCAUGUGAGAUUUACAUGUCCUUUAAAAUACAUCUAGAUCUCUUUAAAAAAUUUGCAUUUAAUUUAGAUAUUUGUACAACAAACUAUAUGACACAAGUAUGCAUUUUAUUGAAUAUAACAUUUUCUGAUAUUCAGAAGGAAAAUAGUUACUUUUGGAAAAGUAAAGUUGAUGAUGAAUGUGUGUCAUAACUGAUUGUAUUACACAAUAAUAAAGACCAUCACGCAUAGGGA